AGCUGAUAAACUGUUUGUAAAUGGGCUUUUUGCUGAUCUUCGAUGCGCAAGCCUAUUACUAUAAUGUACUUAAAGCUGAGAAGAUCACCAGGGGAAGUGUGUUUUCCAGGAGGUAAAAGUGAAGCAAGUGAUAAAGAUGAAAUUGAUACUGCUCUCCGAGAAGCUAAAGAAGAAGUGGGACUCCAGCCAGAGAAGGUGGAAGUCAUCUGUAGGCUCGUGCCUGGAAUUGAUAAAAUGAAUCAUUUGGUAACACCAGUUGUAGGAUUUAUAGAGGAUACGUUCCAGGCCGUUCCUAAUCCAGAUGAAGUGAGCGACGUUUUUAUCGUGCCAUUGGAGUACUUUGUCAAGCCCUUAAAUUACAAGACCUUGCCUUACAAAAACUCAUCUGGUCACUUAAGUUGGGUGCACUGCUUUACAUAUGACGACCAUGAACAUAAAAUGUCAUUCAGGAUAUGGGGACUUACUGCACACUUUGCUGUAUUUCUUGCUCUUGUAAUUUUUGGAAAGAGACCUACCUUUGAAGUUGAUUAUGAUCUUGACAACUUAAUUUCAUCCUCUGAGAAUAACUUCAUGAAUUUAUAUGCAUCUUUAUAUGAAAGGAAAAAGAGUAAUCUAUGACAAACUGGUCUGGCAAUUAAUUUAUAUUGAAGGAGGAAAAAGGUUUUUGUUUAUUCCCUUUGUACCUAUUAUUUGAUUGAAUUUCACACUUGAAUUUCUUCUGAAUUGGGAACUUACUAAAAUUUAUUUUUAAAUAAUCUUUCUAAGUUGACAAGCUCUAACUAGAUUCAUACAAUUUUUAAUCUGUUUUAGAGUUGCCAAAAGCACAUGGUAUUUUUGAUGGACUUAAUAUACAGAUUUGGAAGAUCUGUUUCAGUUUCUGCCUUUAUUUUGUGUGAUCUAAGACACUUUCUGUGGUUUGCCUUUUGUAUAAUGAGAUAAUACUAUUUUACCUAAUUUUUGUCUGUUUGAAUUAGAAUAUGAAAACUUUGGGGGAUUUGCCUGUCUCUUACUGUGUGGCAUACUACAUAUGGACAACAUAAUGCAUACAGUCUUGCUUGGUAUCUUUAAGCACUUAGAAAUGCACAAUAAAAUACAAAAGGUGGCAAG